AUGAUUUUCCUUCGUCAUCAUCUGGAUGAAGGAGUGAAGGUUGAAUACCUUACUGUGAAAGAUCCAUUUGAAUUGUGGAUUGAUUUGAAGGAAAGGUAUGACCACCUAAAGACCACGGUACUGCCUAGAGUUAGUUAUGAGUGGAUGUACUUACAGUUUCAAGACUUUAAAAUCGUUGUUCAAUAUAAUUCUGUUGUAUUCAAGAUUGUUUCCCAAAUGAAAUUAUGUGGGAAAACUAUAAAUGAUGAGAACAUGAUGAAAAAAAUACUAACUACUUUUCAUGCUUCAAAUGUGAUAUUGCAGCAACAAUAUCGUGAAAAGGGCUUUCAGAAGUAUUCUGAAUUGAUCUAUUGUCUUCUAGUGGUUGAGCAACAUAAUACCCUUUUGAUGAAAAAUCAUGAAGUCCGUCUCACUGGAGUUGCUUCACUACCGGAAGCAAAUGGGGUACAAGCACAUGGCCAGCCUGAAAGACGGCAAGAUCGGGGUCAUAAUAAUAUGCGUGGACGUGGCAAUGGCAGGGGACAGUAUAAAAGUAUUCUCUUCUUUGGUGAUAGCAACCAAAGAAGAGAGAACCAAAUGAGUCCCCAAAACAAUCCUUCAAGAGGUAAUUGUCAUCGUUGUGGCAUGAAAGGCCACUGGAAGAAUGAAUGUCGGACGCCUAAGCAUUUUGCUAGGCUUUAUCAAGAAUCAUGCAAAAGAAAGAGAAAUGAAGGUGAGACCUCUUCUAAUGCCCGAAUGGAGUCAUAUUUGACUUUCAAAAAUGAUGAUGAGGCAGGACCUUCACAAAAAUACGAUGACAAUGUUGAGGCAAACUUGUUCUUGAAAGAUGAUGAUUUUUAUGGCAUUCAUGAUAUAACUCAUUUGGAAGCUAAAGACUUCUUUGGAGACCAAAACUAA